CGGUUUCACAACGCCGAGUGUCGGCGGGGUAGGUCACGUGACAGCAUCUGCUGCUGGCUGAGCGAAGCGUGUUAGCAGAUUUUUCUAUUUUGUACAUACAUUGUUUUGUAUAUACUGUAUAUGAUGACUUCACUGGUCAGCAAUCAAGCCCGGGGUACUCGGGACAAAACGCUGCCCACCACCACACAAACAACACAGCAACAGAAGCAGAUACAGGCCACAGCAGAACAGAUUCGUUUAGCCCAAGUGAUUUAUGACAAAAACGAUGCUGAUUUUGAAGACAAAGUCAAACAGCUGAUUGAGGUCACUGGAAAGACUCAAGAUGAGUGUAUGGUAGCCCUUCAUGACUGCAAUGAAGAUGUAAACAGAGCCAUCAAUUUCCUGCUGGAGAGCACCUCUGACACAGUAAUUGCAGGGGUUCGUGGCAGAGGAAGAGCAGCUGUUGGUAACAGGUUCUCUUCGCAGGGAAUGGGAACCUUCAAUCCUGCUGACUACUCUGCUAACGCUGGAGCUCGCCAGGAGGCAUGGGAAGGAGAUGGCAACGAAGCUGCUGAGGAAGCUGGGACAUGGGGAGGCAACCCAGAAGACUGGAGUUCAGAAGACUGGAAUGAAGAUUUAUCUGAGACCAAAGUAUUCACUGCCUCUUCUGCCCCAACAAAUCACAUCACACCUGGAAACAAUGUGGACCUGGCUGGCAUACUUCCUAAGGCUGGAGUGGGUGUAGGGAGUUCUGUGGACUCCGAUUUGGGGGCGAUAGUCGAUGGCCCCUCAGCUGAGGAUUUAGGCCAAAGCCUGGUGUUUACCAAUUCACAUCACAAUGGACGCACUGCAACACACAGCUACGCACAUGCCACAGCCAACAGCUAUGCCCAUGCAGCUUCUGGCAGUACCACCUACGCACAUGCUGCACUGUCCUCAGUCCUAGGUUCUGGUUUUGGGUCACUGAAUGCACCCAAGCAGGCACCUGCCCCUGACAUCCGGACAUCAGAGCAGCUGAAUGGGCCUCGGCUUGGUCAAAGAACCAGUCAGAUGUUGGCCACCACCAGCAAUAGCAGCAUUUCCAAAGACCAAGGGCAGUCUCCAAUGCAAGCUCCUGCCCCCUCUCCCUCUGCAGACAACAAGGCUCAAAGACUGGAGAAUGGCUCUAUUACUGCCCAACACUCGGAGAUGAAGCUUCAGCCAGAGCCAUCAGUGGUGCUCAGCCAGCUGGCUCAACGGCAACAGCAGUCCACAAUCCUUCCCACCACAGAGCCUUUGGGCCCUGUCCAGGCACAUGCUCCACAGGCCCCUACACCGCCAGGUCAUGAGUCCUCUGUCCCUCCUGUAAGAGACAGCGCUUCUCCAGGAGUGAAGCUGCCAGGCAUGGAGCCUUUGACCACAGAGCCUCCUCAGCGCCAAAUAAAGACACAGAGACGCAGAGCGCCUCCUCCCUCAAAAAUUCCAUCGUCAGCAGUGGAGAUGCCGGGAUCGGCAGAUGUGUCUGGUCUUAAUGUUCAGUUUGGAGCUCUAGACUUUGGGUCUGAGGCUAGCAGUGGAACAUCAGAUAUGGUACCAACUGAGUUGGCCAGGGAACACACGCCUGUUCAGGCCCCACCAGCCAUGCCAGUUCCUACUGCUAUUCCCACACAGCCGCCUCAGAAUAGCCUGUUCUCUAAGCCAGGAGCUGUGAGUGAACACAUGAGCAGCUUAUCUUCUGUAACGGACCCCAACUUCCCUUCACCCUCUUUGGGCUUACCUAGUGCUACGCCCACACCCUCCCUUGGUCUCCCCAGUGCUGCUGCGCCACCCUCCUCUUCAGCCCCAACCACAGUCAGCCGGGUGGAGAGCAGCAUCCCGAGGUCCCUACCCCCUCAUCUUGGGUUCCCACAGAGCAAAGAUAUCCCAUCGGCUCCUGGUGGGCCUCUGACGAAUGGCUACACUGGUAUGAAGACACAGAGCACACAAGACGGCACAGCAUCAUCUAGGACAGUGACAACUGAGUCUCCCAUUAUGACAAGUGACAGCAGCCCUGGCCACCACAUCCCUUCUCCUGCAGUUACAGCUUCCCACUCAACAUCCAUCUCAUCGUUCAGCAGUCACACAAGCAGUACGCACUCAUCUGGGUCGACCCUCUCUACGACUUCCUCCCUUACGACGAGUAACGAGGAGAGUAGCAGCGGAAACAUCCAUGCCUUUACUUCGCCAUCAUCCAGCCAGGUUGUUAAUCCCAAUCCUUCAGCUCCCCCCGUUGUCAGUAGUUCUGCCACCAAUGGUCUGCAUCCAUCUGGAGCACCUGGACUAAUUCCAAAUGGCACAAACGCCACACUCUCAGCUGCCGGCAGCCGCACAGCACCCCUGCUCACCACCACCUCCGGUAAAGCUCCUCCCAACUUGGCCCAAGGAGUGCCACCUCUCCUGGCCAACCAGUACAUCAUGGGCCCUGGUGGAUUGCUCCCUGCAUAUCCGCAGAUAUAUGGAUAUGAGGACUUGCAAAUGCUGCAAUCGCGUCUUCCUUUGGACUACUAUGGUGUAACAUUCCCUGGUGCUACAACUGCUAUGCCUGGUAGAGAUGGACUUGCUAAUAACCCAUAUUCAGGUGAAGCAACAAAGUUUGGCAGGAAUGACUCUUCAUCUCCAGCUCCUCCAACCACCCUGUCUACAGCUGGGGUGCAGUCACAGCCCCAGCAGACACAGCAGACAGGCACACAAGGGCAGGGUCAGAGCCAGGGUCAGCAGACACAGAACCAGGCCUUCCUCAACCCCCCUCUCCCUCCUGGCUAUGGAUACACUGGUCUGCCAUAUUAUGCUGGUAUGCCUGGAGUUCCCUCAGCUUUCCAGUAUGCCCCCACUGUCUUUGUGCCUCCUGCCUCAGCCAAGCAGCCAGCAAUGGGCCUGGCCAACCCCUCCAAUCAGUACCACCAACAGCAUCAGCCAAGUUAUGGACAGCACGCAUAUGGCACAGCCUUUGAUGACCUGUCUCAAGCCCACGGUGGGGAAUACAGUAAGGCAGGGUAUGGAAGCACUGCCCAGUCACAGGCCAAGUCAGCAGGCAGCGGUCCAGGGAAAGAUGAUUCUACAGUCGAGAGUGUCCUGGAGAAAGCACCAGGAUUGUCAGGUUCAGGUACUAGUGGUGGAGUACCUGACAUGGGAGGUUCAAUCUACAGCAAAACACAGGUGUGUGUGUGUGUGGUCCACAUGUCUAAGCAUGAUCUGUUUGGCGGUCCUGGUCAGCGCAGUCAGUCCAGCAGCAUGCAGCAGAAAACCCAAGGCAGCAAGUCCAGCUAUAGCAGCUCUGCAUACUGGACAAACUGAGGAAUGCUUCCAUAUGUUUUUUGGUUUUUUUGUUUUGUUUUUUCUCCUCGUCUCCCUGAAAGGCUGCGUGUGUAAAGCUAAAACAGAAAAACAAACACACUACCCUCACAAUGAGCAACCAUGGGUUUCGUUGCCCUGCUCCCCCCACCUCCAAGUCCUCUUAAGUCUUUUGGGUUCUCUCUUCCCCCCCCUUUUCAAAAUUGGUUGUACAUGUAAGAUAUUUAUGUAUUUAUAUAUAAAUAUAUAUAUAUAUACUGUAUAUGUAAUAGUAGAACAUGAAAUGUGGUUGCUGCAUUUUAUUUUUGAAGGACUUUUUGUUUACUUUUUUCAAAACUGCAGGAAAAGAUGUUACAUUGAGACAAAAUGAGAUGUUAGUGAGAGAGUGAGUGAAGAAGAAAAACGACCCAAAACUUCCUGGAAGAAACCAGAAAAAGGAAAAGGAGAGAGCUAUAGCACUGAUUGCAUUUGAGGACACUUCAGAUGGGGGUGGGGUUUAUAAUAACUAACUGCAUCUGUCUCCUCUUUUUUUCUUUUUAUACAUGACUUCCUGAAUGGCCGGGCUCGUCCCUCUGAGCUUCAUUUUGUAGCUUCCUGUCUUUUCCCUCUUUCUUCUCUCCCUCUCCUCUGGAGAGCUGCCUACUCUCCCGGGGUCACUUUCUUUAAAGAAAGACCUGCCCAUCUAAAUUUUAUAUUUUUAUUUAAUUUUAACCCUCAUUUUCUCGAAAUAAAGUUCUGAGCAGUUGGUAACUGA